AUGUGGUACCAAAAACCUACUGCCGGAAGGCUGACGAAGCUCGUCCACAUCAGCAAGCGAGCUUGCGACCAGUUGGGCACUCUCGUGCGAUCCAUCUACAGCUCCAUCGACGAGCAAACAGCUACCGUGAAACAAGAUAAGAGCGCCUUCACCAUCGCAGACGGUCUCGUGCAGGAGCUGCUGAGCGAGCUGUUCGAGGGCAAGGUGAAGACGAUCGUGGGGGAGGAAGACAGUGCGCAGGUGAGGCUGGACAGGAGGCCGAUGACGGUAGGAUCGCUGUGCGUACCGGAGCAGCACGAGAGGAUCAUCGAGAGGAGCCGGAGAGGGAUGCAGGAGCUGGGGCGAGAGCUGGAGGACGGGGGGUACCAGGACCUGACGGUGUUCAUCGACCCGAUCGACGGGACGCGAGAGUUCUCGACGAAGAAGGGAGAGCAGUGCAGCAUCUGCAUCGGCUUCUCGGACGGAGGGGGGCAGGCGGUGGCGGGGCUGGUGUACCGCCCGAUCCCAGAUGGAGGCUUCCUGACAACCAACGGGAAGAUCUCAGGGUUUGUGGAGAAGCUGAUGGGAGAGCUGAAGGAGGAGCGAGUGAGCUCGGGGGGAGCUGGGAACAAGAUGCUGAUGCUGCUGGAGGGGAAGGGCGGGAUGUACAUUCAAGACAGGGGAGUGAGCCGGUGGGAUACAUGCGCGGCACAGGCAGUGAUCGAGGCGUACGGGGGGCUUCUAUGCCGACUGGAUCGGGAGGUGAAGGCGUACUCGAACCUGAACGGGCUUCUGGCGGUAAGCAAGGAAGGGAGGGAGAGGCUGGGGGAAGUGCGGGAGGCGAUGAGGAGGGUAGAGGAGGAGGAGGGACCUUCAUACGACUGA